AUGGUGGACAAUACUGGGUGAGUAAAUGCUACUAACUUGUUCCUCCGACAAUGAAACCCUUUUUUGACAAACAAAGUUUUCAUUCUCUUUCCAGCUUUCGUAUAAUGGUUCUACUGUAAAUAACAACCCAAAUAAAAGAAAAAUCCCAAUUUUAGAUACUUCAAAAACAAAACCGUCUUCAUUUCCGGUGGGUCCCGAGGCAUUGGCCUUGCGAUUGUCAAGAAACUCGCCAAAGAUGGAGCCAACAUCGUCAUAGCCGCCAAGACUUCAGAACCUCAUCCUACCUUGCCAGGUAGCCAAAGGUUUUCUCUACUACAUACAUUAUAUAUUUAUGUUCAAUUUUCUUUACUGUCUUUUCUCAGGCACAAUUUACACCGCGGCCAAAGAGAUCGAAAAGGUUGGAGGAAAGUGUCUUCCGGUGGUGAUGGAUGUCCGAAGUGAAAGUGAUAUUCAGAAAGCCGUAAAAGCCGCUGUAGAUCAUUUUGGAGGAAUUGAUAUUCUGAUCAAUAAUGCCUCCGCAAUCGCCCCAACUGGAACGCUGGAAACAGAGGCGAAACGAUACGAUUUGAUGCAACAAGUGAAUACAAGGGGAACUUUCUUACUGUAGGUUGUAUGUAGGUAUAAUAUAUACAAGGCCUAAAAGUCUUCUCAACUAGCCGUUGAGGUGUUGAAAAAGCGUUGAAACUAUGAAGCAUCGAAUUAUCAAAUGGGUGUAAGGAGGCCUGCUAAAAAUGAUAAGUCAUCAUAAAUAAUAUAUCCUCCGUUAGUGUAAAACAAAGUGUGAUAAAUAAGGUCUUCAAUGCAACAAGUGCUUGCUAAAUCUUCGUCCUACUUGUUAACAAUUAAGACUCUUAAUUUUCAGCUCCAAAGCCUGCAUCCCAUACCUCAAAAAGUCCUCCAAUCCCCACAUCCUCAACAUCUCCCCACCCCUUCUCAUGGAACCCCAAUGGUUCCGCUAUCACGUUGGCUACACCAUGGCCAAAUACGGGAUGAGUAUGUGUGUUCUGGGAAUGGCCGCUGAAUUUGAAAGCGACGGAAUCGCAGUUAACGCGUUAUGGCCAAGGACCUCCAUUUUGACGGCGGCCAUUCAAGUGACUCACAAGGAUAAAGAUGCCUCUGAAUUUUUGCGAAAAGACACAAUUAUGGCCGAUUCUGCUUAUGUGAUUUUGAGCAAAAAUAGUCGAGAAUUCACAGGGAAAUUUUUGAUUGAUGAUGAAAUUCUGAGAGAACACGGGAUCCGCGACUUUGAUCAAUAUCAAUUUGUUAAAGGUAAUGUUAAAAAAUAAGUGAAAAAACAGAUUUCAGUACGUUCAUGUACGUAUUGAAGUUUUUAUAAAUGUUCCAAAAGAAUCAAGAUCGAAAAAUUCAGUGUUCUAAAUCGCCUUUAUAACCUUGGAAUUUUUAAUUGUUUUCAGGCAACAAAUUGAUCGCCGACUUCUUCGUGCCCGGCGUUGUGUAUACGGGGCCAUUUACCAGAGCCAAAAUCUAG